UGUUUACUAACAAGCACAGCCACUGAGAAUAGAAGAAGAAGAAAACCAGGAGCUGAAGCAGAAACGAAAACCACCAUGCCGAAGAGGAAAGUUACAUUUGAGGACGGGGAAGGAGAGUUGGAGCUGGCUGAAGACCUCCCAAACAAAAAGAGUUGCGAGGCUGUGAGUGGACCAGGCUCAAGGUUCAAGGGCAAACAUUCCCUUGAUAGCGAUGAAGAGGAUGAAGCGGAAGAAACAAAAAGCACCAGCAAAUAUGAUAUUCUGGCCAGUGAUGACGUGGAGGGCCAAGAGGGAGCGACAAUCGACUUUGACGAGGGAGUUUCUAUUACACCUUUCAACCUGGACGAGGAGAUGCAGGAAGGAUACUUUGACUCUGAGGGAAACUACUUCAUCAAAAAGGAAGAAGAGAUUAGAGACAACUGGCUUGACAACAUUGAUUGGGUGAGAAUAAAAGAACAACCGUUCAAACAAAAGAAGAAAGGUCUUGGAGCCAAACGGAAACGCAGAGCCGGGGAUGAGGAUGAGGCCGAGGAAGAGAAACAGAGAGAAGAUAAGCAGGCAGACAAAAAAGCCGAUGACGGAGAAGAGGAAGAUGAGGAGAUGGAGCCUGCAGAGGACCCGCUGGCAUCCUUCACUCAGCACCAGCUCACUGAAGCUGUGAUCGAAUUGUUGCUACCUGGAGAGACAGUUGCCACAGCGCUCCGUCGGUUAGGAGGCCUUGGAGGACGGAAGAAGGGGAAGCUGAGGGAAGAGAGUGAACCCACAGAGGAGAACAAAAGGGAUACAGAGAAGCUUGACAGGCUCACCGCACUAGCUGACAGAUUGGUUGGAUCUGGGAUGUUUGAGAUCUAUCAGCAAACAUAUGAAAAACUGGCCUAUUUGAUGAAGAGCAUGAGCAGCAAGCGACCAGCAGUGGAGAAGAAACGGCGUGGUGAUGAGGAUGAAGAUGAAGAUGAACUUGAUAUGUUCGCAGAUAAAUUUGACGAGACUGAGACAGGCAAAGCCGUGGAGGAAGAAGAUGAAAAAGUGAGUGAUGAAGUGAUGUGGGAGUACAAAUGGGAAAACAAGGAUGAUUCAGAGAUUUUCGGCCCUUUUACCAGCCCGCAGAUGCAGGGCUGGGUGGACGAAGGCUAUUUCAGCACUGGUGUUUACUGCAAAAGGAUCGACCAGAAGGGAUCUCAGUUCUACAACUCCAAGAGACUAGAUUUUGAGCUGUAUACAUGAUUUGUGUCCAGCAGCAAAUUAAUCACAACCAUCACGGUCAUGAAACGUUUUCAUUGUUUGGUGGCUUUGGUGUCAAAUCUAUAAUUUGAACAGGGGAUUUGUUUUCUGUACAUUGUUUUUAAAUAAAUAACUCAUGUAUGUCGUGUUACUAUCA